CGCAGUCGGGAAUGACCUGUACCUCAACUUUAACAACUGCAACUCACGCUUUGCGACGACACAUCUAUCACCACCAGCCCUCAGGUUGACGCGCGCUGCCUCACCGAGAACUGAGCUACCUUUUAAUCUUGAAACCCCAUCUACUGCCCCUUUCUUUCAAUUCACCAUGUCGCGAGGUGGUCAGACGCUGUACGUCACUGGCUUCAGCCAGGGCACCCGCGCUCGCGACCUGGCCUACGAGUUCGAACGGUAUGGCCGCCUUGUCCGUUGUGACAUCCCUGCACCACGGUCUGCGUCCAGCCGUCUCUUCGCUUUCGUCGAGUACGAAGACCGCCGAGACGCUGAUGAUGCAUACUAUGAGAUGCACAACAAGCGCAUUGGUCGCGACGACAUCUUGAAGAUUGAGUGGGCUCGUACACCCCCCUCUGCCUCUUGGCGCUUUGAGUCUGGCCGUGACCGUGAUCGCCGCGGUGGUGGUAGCACCGGUGGCCGCUCGCCUCGUCGUGGCCGUUCUCCUUCGCCUCGCCGCAGCACUCGGGACUACUCCCCUCCUCCUCGCAAGGAAGAUCGUCGCGAUCGCGACCGCGAUUACGACCGAGAUGACCGUCGGGACCGUGACCGUUCCCGAAGCCCUGCUCCUCGUGAUCGCGACCGCGACCGCGACAUGAAGGACGACAGAGAUGACCGUGAUCGUCGCGAGAACGGCGCUAACGGCGGUGACCGCAAGCCUGCUGAUAGUCCAGCCCCGGCUCACGACGACCUCGACGUGGCCGAGUAGAAAGCUUCGUGUUUGACAGCUUGAGAUGCCACUCGAUAUAUGUUUCACCGAGCUUUGCGCACGGAUGUCUUCCUCUGUACUUGAUUUUCUUUUAUGUUUCCGCCAAUUAUCCUCUGGAGUAGGUGCUUCCGGGUUACAAUGCGUAGGUCAACAGUGCCUUUUGAUAUGGUCCCCAAAAAAGGAACGCGAAGUAAUGAUAAGUUGGUCGAAAUUACAAUGUUCCCAUGCAACGGUUAGGCUACUAGUUGUACAACAGACAGAUAGUGUGAAAUCAGACUGAAUUCUCGCGU